GCAGACGUCACGCUCGUGGCUGAGCACCGGAUGGUUCACCAUGGUUAUCGCCGUCGAAUUGUGCGACAAACUCCACGUUUACGGGAUGGUGCCCCCCAGCUACUGCACCAUGAAGACCCCUCCCCACCGGUUGCCCUACCACUACUACGAACCGAAGGGGCCGGACGAAUGCACCACGUACAUCCGCAACGAACGCAGCCACAAAGGGAACCACCACCGCUUCAUCACCGAGAAACGGGUCUUCGCCAAAUGGGCUAGUCUGUACAACAUCACUUUCUCGCACCCCGAGUGGGAGUAGGGCCACGAGGAGACCACACAAGUGCCAAAGCCGGGAUCCUGCAGGCGCCCCACCCUAGCUGGGCCUGGCUAUUGGAGCCUGGAGGUUUUAAGUUUCCCAUCAUGCCGCAGAGGAGCACC